UAAAGCAUCACGCGGAGGAUUCCUCCCACCUCUUGUGUAUAAAUGGGGAGGAUGACGGCGUAAAGGGGCAAUUUGGCACGAACAGAACAUCUUGCUGAAGCCGAGGAGGAUAUCAACAACAAUGCAAAGUCUACGAAACCUAACGGCGUAUGCCUUCACCUUGCUGCUGAUUGCAACGUUUGUCUCCCACACAUGGAGCGCUCCAAAGGGAAGCUUUCAGCGCAGAAACUGGACGCCCCAGGCUAUGCUGUAUCUGAAGGGGACACAGGGUCGAAGGUUUGUCCAAGAUGAACUAAAAGAGGGCGAGGUCUAUGACACUCUAAACUUGGAGACUCGUAGCCAGAACAUGGAGAAGCUGAGUGUGUCCAAAGCAGCCGCGAUCCUUCUUCGUUUCCUUCAGCGAGCAAAAGACGAAGGGGAAGACAGUGAAUCACAGGCGUACUUUCCAGAUGUGCCAGGGUGGAAGCAAGACUACUUCUGAGAGAGAAAAAUAUAAACACAAUAAUGAUGUACUGACAUAUGCACUGUAUAUUGUUCUUUUGUAAAUGUUGGACCGGACUGUAAUAUAUUCUGUCAGAGAGAGAAGUGUUUGCGUGAGCGCAACAUGCCGUUGCCGUUCAGGUGUGUGUGAAUGUCUGAGCGUUUGAAUUAAAGAG